AGGAUGGUUCAGUGAGAGAGGUGCAAAGACUAAGCGUAUAUGAAUUUGACACGCGCCAAUUCAAAGAUGAUGUGGUAGAUUAUUUGUCAGCGCUUGCCCAAGCUGUUGCCAAACGAGCACGCAUCUCUCAAGGCACCAGGCAGCAGCCUUUCAUCGGCUUGUCACCAGGGUAUGACAGCGGAGCGCUGCAGGCUGUUACACCUAAGGCCACAUGUAGCUUAUCACAUUGUUUGCACAGAAGAUGUCACGGAAAUUGAAGACCGCUUUGCCUGGAGUGGCGACAUGGUCGAGGGCAACAUCAUUUUACUCAGUCAGGAAGAUCUUCUUCAACAAAUGAGGUUUCUUCGGGAUGGAUCGGAAAGCCGCGAGGCUGACGAUGCUGCAUCCACUGGACUUUCACAGGUUUUUAAGGAGGCUCGUGAGCGAGGCCUAUUGGCUGCUUGCCCGAAAUGGACCUGUCACCAACACACUGUGUUGGUCCUGUCGGACAAGUUUGUUCCCAUUCAUUACUAGUAGCUUCUAGCUACUACGGUU